AUGAUCGCUGCAUUUCGAGGCACCGGGAGGAAUAUCAGGCACCUGCCCUGCGUGUCGCGGCGGACCGGCGAGACUGGCGUGUGCAUGUUCGCUUUCACGUGCGCGAAGGCGAACGGAACGCACCUCGGCACCUGCAUCGACCGCUUCUACUUCGGUAGCUGUUGUAAGAUAGACGAGGAGCCCGAGAUUUUUCCCCAGGACAACAGCAUCGAUGAUGGACCCCCGGCGAGGCCGUUCACGACCCAUGGGCCCAUCGACAGCAACGAUAUACCUGAGUACUUUUCAAGGCCGAAGCCGAUCAGCGAGAAGAAACCCGUGACGUACUCCACCGAGGCAAGUACGACAGGCUACACGACGCCGAGUACGCGGGUGUCAACGACGACCGUGAAGGAAACGUCAAAAUUCGUGACGAAGAAGCCAUCGACGACCAUAGAAACGACCACGCAACCGGUUCGAUUGUCGACCUUCCAAACCGUCCAGAACUCGUCGAAAGAAGAGUCGAGCACAAAAACCCCGACAAGAAUCACGACUAUCACGACUCAGUCGUCGCAAAAACCAUCGAGCACGCUCAUGGAAAUUGCGACCACGAGCAAACCUUCGACGUUGACCUCGUCGAUCGCUCCGAGGCCAACGACACUCGAAACCGUGACAAAAACGACGGCCACCGUCGCCCAAACAACCAAACCGAUUAGCAAAAAGCCGAUUCAUUCAUCGACGACUCAAAAACCGACGCAGUCGUCAUCGUCGUCGUCGCAGAAGCCAAUUCACCCAACCACAAUACAAAGGCCUACGGAGACAACCACGCUUAAACCUCUUCAAUCCAGCACGAUCGACUCCACUACCUCGAAAACCGUAAUUACGACUACUCAGAGAGUCGUACCGAUCACGAGAUUUCCACCGAGAAACACGACGACUGGCAGACCCUCGACGCAAGCUACUACCAGAAGACCUGUUACCAGUACCAAGAGACCGACGACCAGUGGCACAAAGAGGCCGACCACUACGAAGAAACCAAUUGUCGAAAAACCUACUAAGAAGCCUACGACGAAGCUACCUGUUAGUUCCACUUUUAGCACGACGACGACAACGACGACGACGACGACGACGACGACGACGACACCGAGACCACUCGUGACUCUCAAGGACCGCCCAACAAUUGCUACGAGCACCGAAAGCGUUUCCCUUUCGACAGGAACGAAACCUUUAACUUCUGAAACCGUGCCGACACAGAAGCUCACGACGACGACUACGAAACCUACUCACAAGUUGAAGCCGACCACAAUUCGAACUACGACCCCGAGGCCUUCGACGACAGCUUCGAGGCCCAAACCGACGAAGAUCAGCACGACGACUCCAAAAACGGUACCCAAACCUGAACUCGCGGCGACCACAGAAAAAACGGUAGUUUCGACCAAUGCUUCCACUGUUGUUACGAAACUGCCAACGGAGUCGACGAGGCCCGUGAAGCCGUUCACCAAACCGACGACACCCCCAACGAUCGGCACUACCGUGACGGAAACGAGCUUUGUGUCUGUUCCAUCCGUCGACACGUCUACGAUCGGAUCGUCUUCUUCGACUAAACCCCCGAUUCUUAAUCAAACCGAGGAGAUUUCGCAGACGACUUACGCGCCUGGUCUCGUUACAUGGACAUCGAGCUCGGACGAUACCACCACCAGGACCCCGGAGAUUUCAUCGACCACGCAACUAGAUCAAACCGAAAGCGAUUGGACACCCAUAACUACGCCAGAUGGUUGGAUCAUGAUCCAGUCACCUAGUACCAAAAAACCACCGCAAACGGUGGAAGAAACGACAGAUAAAAUUUCUGUAGAAACUACGUCGCAGGCAUCGACCUUCGCUAAACCGAUUAUUGAAACUAGCACGGAACAUGUGACGAAAAGGCCUGUUACUUUAACUACCUUGUCGAGUAUUGCUAGUGUAACUAUAGACACCGAGCUUCCGGUACCGAUGGAGACUCUCAAUAUGUCGGAUUACAAACAAGUGUGCGGAAGAAGGCUCUUUCCAGAAUCGCGAAUCGUUGGUGGUAAUCGCAGUUCGUUCGGCAAGUGGCCUUGGCAGAUCUCGUUACGGCAAUGGAGGACGUCGACGUAUCUACACAAGUGCGGAGCAGCUUUGCUCAAUGAGAAUUGGGCCAUCACCGCAGCGCAUUGCGUCGAAAACGUGCCACCAAGCGAUUUAUUGCUGAGGAUCGGCGAGCACGAUCUCGCGAACGAGGACGAACCAUACGGUUACCAGGAGCGAAGAGUCCAAAUCGUAGCUAGCCACCCACAAUUCGAUCCUAGGACCUUCGAGUACGAUUUGGCACUGUUGAGGUUCUACGAGCCUCUGUUACCCUUCCAACCGAACGUCCUGCCCAUCUGUCUGCCGGACGACGACGAGACUUACGUCGGUCGCACCGCGUUCGUCACUGGCUGGGGUCGACUCUACGACGAGGGACCGCUACCGUCUACCCUUCAAGAAGUGGCUGUGCCUGUGAUUAAUAAUACGAUGUGCGAAGGCAUGUACAGAAACGCCGGGUACAUCGAACAUAUACCGCACAUCUUUAUCUGCGCUGGGUGGAAGAACGGUGGUUUCGAUUCUUGCGAGGGCGACAGUGGAGGACCGAUGGUGAUCCAGAGAGCGCGCGACAAACGAUGGAUCUUGGCCGGGGUGAUCAGUUGGGGCAUCGGCUGCGCGGUACCGAACCAGCCAGGCGUUUAUACUCGCAUCUCCGAGUUUCGUGAAUGGAUCAAUCAAAUUCUUCAAUUCUAAGCAGAAAUUCGAUUCGACGGAUGAUCUGAUCAUUCACGGGACAAAUACAUUUGGUGAAACGCGACGGAGAAUCGCGAUUCGAUGACCAAAUUCGUGUACAUAAUUUUAUGCGAAUGUGCAAUGAUUUCCUUAAGGGGAACCAGACGUGAUCUUUCAGAGAGGUCGCAUCUACGUGCAUACACAGUCUUCUUAAUGAGGGUAGAACUCGAUAUCCGAUCUAACAGAAAACUGGACACUGAGUGAUUAAGUUUUAAAGACGUAUGCAUAUUCAUGACACGGUGUUCUUUAGGAAAAUCGAAUAUGGUAUUCGAUCUAAUAGAAAACUGGACACUGAGUGACUUUUUAAAGACCUGUCCAAUGCGUAUUCACGCAACGGUUUUCUUUAGGAAAAUUGAACGCGAUAUCCAAUAUGAGAUUAACGUUUAGUACUUACUACGCAAUGUACGAUUUAUUUAUGAAACGUUACGCGACUUAUUAAACGCGCGUGGUGGACUUUCCGACGAUUGUAUCAGCGGGCUUAUCGUACACGUGCGGUUACGUAGUCCCGAAAUCUAUGUGUGUACAUAAAAUUGUCUACAGGCGACCGACGUCACGGCUUCCGAUCGGAGAAUGAAUCAACGGAUCAGCGUUGGUAUAAUAUAAGAUGUUCAGCAUGGGGUGUCUCUGCCACGAAUGCCAAAUAACGAUUAUAUCUUCUAACAUGUUAUCUCGAUAUCGUCGAUGCUCUUCGAUGGACUCGAAUUGCGUUGUGAUAUUUAAAACUUCGACAAAUUAAAUGAAUCGGGUCAUUGAGACAAAAGGUCUAAAAGAUUGUAUUUACAAGAAUUCUUUAAUGUUGAAAUCUUGCAUGAAAACCCUCGGUCUUUUUAUUAUUUGGAUAUUCCAAUUUCAUAAGCAAAGUUGUUCAGAUCGAUUGACGAUAAGAACGUUGCACGGAACUUGCAGAGUUUGCAGAGCUUCCUGGAGCUUUCAGAAAGCGCAGUUGUAUUCAUGAAAAUGUGUUAUAACCGAUUGAACCGAAAUUAUGCAGAUCGUUCGAUUUUAUAUUAAUAAAGAAGAAUCUCAGCGACUGAAAAGUUAACGUGUCUAAAAUUGUACAGAA